AUGGCGGGCGUGUUGGAGCCGCACGGCCUGGGGCGGGCGGUGCUGCAGGGCGAGGAGGAACGGGAAAUGGAGAUACGGCUGGAGCCGCGGCAGGGGCAGCUGGCGAACGACCUGGACAUCCUGUGGCUGCUCCUGGCGGCAUACCUGGUGUUCUUCAUGCAGUGCGGCUUCGCUCUGCUGGAGGUGGGCAGCGUGCGCGCCAAGAACACGAAGAACAUCCUGCUCAAGAACGUUGUGGACGCGUGCAUCGGCGCCGUGGUGUGGUAUGCCUGGGGGCACUCCUUCGCGCACGGCGAAAACGGCGAUGGAUCCAACGCCUUCAUCGGCGGCACGAACUUCUUCAUGCAUAAUAGCAAAGACAUAUCGCCAGAUGAGCAGGACAAGGCGAGUGGGUUCAACAACGCGAACCCCUACUUCGCCUUUUGGAUGUUCCAGUGGGCCUUCGCGGCCACAGCAGCAACGAUUGUGUCGGGCGCAGUGGCGGAGCGUUGCCAGUUCCGCGCCUACAUCGUCUACACCUUUGUCAUCACAGGCUUUGUGUACCCAAUAGUGGUGCACUGGGUGUGGAGCAAGGAGGGGUGGCUUUCGGCCUUCAGGGUUGAUGAAAACGCCAAUGGUGAAGAAGAGCCUGACGUUGUGUUCGACAAGAGUCUGGGCAUGAUCGAUUUUGCAGGCAGCGGAGUCGUCCACAUGACCGGUGGUGGGGCUGCCCUGCUGGCAGCAACCAUAAUUGGUCCCCGUUAUGGCCGUUUUGACAAAGACGGGAUGGUGCAGGCGCUGGUGGGCCAGUCGCCAGCCCUUGCCACGCUGGGCACGUUUAUCCUGUGGUUUGGGUGGUAUGGCUUCAACCCCGGGUCCACGCUGGUAUUCUAUGAGCACAUGUAUGUGGCCUCCAAGUGCGCAGUGAAUACCACACUUUCAGCGGCGGGGGGCGGCCUGAUGACCCUGUUCAUAGACACAGUUGUGUUCUCAAACCCACCAGACAUCUCGCCCAUUCUGAACGGUCUCCUGGCUGGUCUUGUGUCCAUCACUGCAGGGUGUGCCUCAGUGGAGCCCUAUGGUGCCCUAAUCAUUGGAUGCUGUGGCGGCGCUAUCUACUACACUGCUUCAAAGACUUUGAAGAAGUUGCUGAUUGAUGACCCCCUGGAUGCCUCUCCUGUGCACUUCUUCUGUGGCAUAUGGGGUGUCAUUUCAGUAGGCCUCUUUGCCACACCAGCCAACGUUAUGAACACCUACGAUAGGAAACCGGACGUUGGUAUCUUUUAUGGAGGCGACGGCCAUCAGCUGGGAGUCCAGAUCCUGGGGGCCCUGACCAUUGGCCUGUGGACCUGCACAAUCAGCUUCAUAAUGUUCUGGACGCUGCGGUCGCUCGGCAUCCUGCGCGUCUCCCAGGACCAAGAGUUAACGGGGCUGGACAUCUCGAGGCAUGGCGGAGCAGCUUUCACCUAUGGGGGCGACGACUCUGCCAACAUCACUAGCGCAAACGCAGUCACUGCCUUGCAGAUGCAGCCUGUGAAGUGA